CUGACCAUCAACAAAAUACAACCGCAUACAACCACUCGAAAACUACAUUUCCUAGCUUCCUUUUCACGGACUCAAACUGAAGAAAAUGACCAAAGAGGGGUUCGGAGCGGGGCUUCUGUAGUCGAUUCUGAAACUCUUUCUAGCGAAUAGCCCUGUAUUCAACUACAGUACCCACACGUCACUGUCAGUCCUACUCGAGAGCGUUGGUUAGCCAGGGAUAUCACACCACUGUCUCUCACUCUCUCCCUGUAUCAACGCAUUGACAUAGCUAGUAGAAGACAAUAAAACAUUUCAAGCCGAAGAUGGCAGAGCUUGGAGCGGGGAGCCUGCUGUUGGGGGAUCCUGCUUUUAAUUACCAAGAGGCCGAGCUAAAUGAACGAUUGAAGCGGCUCUACCCGGCCGUAAAUGAGGAUGAGACCCCCUUACCCCGAUCAUGGAGCCCCAAGGAUAAAUACAGCUACAUCGGGCUCUCACAGAACAAUCUGCGGGUGCAUUACAAAGGUCAUGGGAAGAAUCACAAGGAUGCCGCGUCUGUGCGUGCCACUCAUCCCAUACCAGCCGCUUGUGGGAUCUACUACUUUGAAGUGAAGAUUGUCAGCAAGGGCAGGGAUGGGUACAUGGGGAUUGGUCUGUCUGCCCAGGGGGUCAACAUGAACAGACUGCCUGGUUGGGACAAGCACUCGUAUGGUUACCACGGUGACGACGGACACUCCUUCUGCUCUUCAGGGACUGGCCAACCAUAUGGCCCAACCUUCACCACUGGAGAUGUGAUUGGCUGCUGUGUGAACCUAAUUAACAACACCUGUUUCUACACCAAGAAUGGCAUCAGUCUAGGUGUAGCUUUUACAGACCUCCCUCCAAACCUGUACCCCACAGUGGGCCUGCAGACUCCUGGAGAGAUUGUGGAUGCUAACUUUGGCCAGCAGCCCUUUGUGUUUGACAUUGAGGACUAUAUGAGUGAAUGGAGGGCUAAGAUCCAUGGCAUGAUCGCCCGCUUCCCCAUCGGCGAGAGACUGGGGGAGUGGCAGGCAGUGCUGCAGAAUAUGGUAUCCACUUACCUGGUGCAUCAUGGGUACUGUGCUACGGCCACAGCCUUCGCCAGGGCAACAGAGACCUUGAUCCAGGAGGAUCAGACCUCCAUAAAGAACCGGCAGAGAAUACAGAAGCUGGUAUUGGCAGGGCGUGUUGGAGAGGCCAUCGAAGCCACACAGCAGCUGUACCCUGGACUUCUAGAACACAACCCCAAUCUACUCUUCAUGUUGAAGUGUCGGCAGUUUGUGGAGAUGGUGAACGGUACAGACAGUGAGGUACGAUGCUUUAGUGUCCGCUCCCCCAAGUCCCAGGACAGCUACCCUGGCUCCCCCAGCCUGAGCCCCCGACAUGGAGCCACCAACCCCAGUCUGCACAGUGCAGGAGCAGACAGCCCCACAUGCAGUAACGGGGUCACCCCUCCCAACAAGAACAAGAGCCACAACAAGUAUCCAGGCGUCAGCUCUGCCUCCUCCUCCUCUUCUUCCUCCCCUUCCUCUGUCAAUUACUCUGAGUCCAACUCCACUGACUCCACCAAGUCCCAGCCUCACAGUGGCACCAGCAACCAGGAGGAGACCAGGUGUGUGGCAAGUGACAGUGAGAUGGAGAUUGAGGCUGAGCACUACACUAACGGGGUGGCAGAGAACCCCUCUGCUCGGAUCAUGAAUGGCACCUACAAGCACCAGGAAAUCCUGCAGGCUCAGGACAUCAGCCUGGGCAACGGAGUGGCAGAGGAUAGCUGUGCCUCCAGACAGCUGUGUGGAGGGAACCAAGCAGCCACAGAGAGGAUGAUCCAGUUUGGCCGUGAGCUGCAGGGCCUCAACGAGCAGCUGUGCCGGGAAUAUGGCAAGAACGCCACACACAAGAAGAUGCUGCAGGAUGCGUUCAGUUUAUUAGCAUAUUCGGAUCCCUGGAACUGCCCAGUGGGGCAACAGCUAGACCCAAUGCAGAGAGAGAAUAUCUGCUCUGCUCUUAACAGYGCCAUCUUGGAGUCUCAGAACUUGCCUAAGCAGCCCCCUCUGAUGCUUGCUCUGGGUCAGGCCACAGAGUGUGUCCAGCUCAUGGCCAGGGUCCGCUCAGGCUCCUGUUCCUUCGCCAGAGUAGACAACUUUUUGCACUAGCCCCAGUCCAGGCAAUGUUCAGGACUGCUAAGAAGAGGUCUUUCCAAUGGGUUGCCAGAUGACUGAGGAAAGCAUGUGUUUGAAUUGGUGUGUCGCUUGCCAUUUGGCAGAAGCAGAUGGACAGGGGAAUGAGUAGAACAUGACAAGAAAGCUUAUUUUUAAUUUAGUAUUAUCAAAUACAAAAUGUGUGACUCUAUUUAAAGAAUUCAUUAUUAUUCUGUUUAUCUAGUCAUUUUCUAGGUUUUAUUUAGUCAGGUUGUUGUGCUCAUCUUGGAAGGAAAAAAAUCUAAUUCCGUUUUUGUUUUUGAGUGGAUUUCAAUUCCCUAAACAGUAUUUUAAAGAUGUUCAUCAUAUCAAAGAAAUUCACAUUGKCAUGCUUUGUUGUUACCAAGCAAGAUACUCUGGUUUCUUUCAUUCAGAACUCAGGUAUUCACAGCACAUUUGUCAUCUCAGUAUGGGAUAUUGUAGACAGAGGUAGGUUUACCCAGCUGUACAGUGGCUCCAAUUUAGGACCUGCAUUUUUUGGUUCAAAUUCUUACUAGUUAGUAUGACUUAACUCAUUUAAUUUAAAGUUAAAGGUCUGAAUUGGCUUCUAACCUACUGGUCACCUCAGAGCCCCACACAGCAGCAUUCACCUCAGAUCACACAAUGAUGACACUGAUUCAUUUGUGAGUUUCAAUAUAAGUGUAGGAUAUUUCCAAUCAAGUGUCUCCACUAGUUUGAUUUGUAACCUACAGUAAAAAUACACAGACAUACAGUACUGUGGGGAAUUUGGAAAUCACUCUCUGGUUUUUGACUUGCUAAUUAUAUUGAAGAUAUGAAGUCUGACGUUGAAUAUAUAUAUAUAUAUAUAUUCAACGUCAGACUUCAUAUCUAUAUAUAUAUCUAUACACACAAUUUAAUGAUAUAUUCAAUAAAAAAGUUAAACUGAUUGCCAAAUACAAGGCUUUUAAUUUGACCUCCCCUGUUCUAAUAACCAAUGGUACUUGCCAUUGGCCACACUUAAUUCACACAGUCAUUCAGUCUUUUCAUACCAGUGCUUUGACAGCCAGCCCAUUAUCAUAUCAUCGCGAACAUGCUUAUUUUUCCGCUUUCUUGCGGUUCUAUUUUUCUCACAACUAAUGUGAAGCUGUCUCGUUAAUACAUAAACUCUAAACAUAGACUCGGUCACUUUUACAAACAUGUGACCAUAACUUUGUUCGUUUGUUUUUGUUUGUUUAUUAUAGUCACAGUUGARUAUGUUAUUUUUUUUCUCUCUUUCUUUCAUUACAGUAUGUAUUCUCCUAUUUUUAACAGAUAUUCUCUUGGCACAUGGGACAGUUGUCGAUCAUUGAUGUAUUAACGCAGUAUUUCACCCAGCCAGCAGGAGGCGCUCCACUGUGUUGAAUGUAGUUUAGCAGAUUAUAUUACGUUUGUGCUUCAGAUUUGCUGCUGGCCACCAUGAGAUUGAUAUCCCCUGUACCUGUAAGACAUAUUGCAAUAUGUUUCAUUAACUUUUUUGACAAUCCUGCAAAGCAUGUUUGUGAAGCAAAGGGGUGGUGGGAGUAGAAAACAUCAGCUUCUGUGUUAGUGUUUGGUAGAUGUUGGUAGAUGUUCACAAAGGCCAUUUUGAUAAUUUUUUUUACACAAUCUUUACAUUUGGACAACAUCUCCUAUCUGCAUCAUGGGCUUAUACCUGCUAAAAUAUAUACAAAAACAAGAACAAAUACCUUAACUUAAUGUGAGGGUCCUCUAUACGGCCUACCCCGGCCAAACCCUAACCCAGACGACGCUGGACCAAUUGUGCGCCGCCCUACAGGAGUUCCAAUCAC